AUGUUUGGAGACCAUUACAAGAAGAAUGUCCAUCCUAUACAUGAGGCAUGUGAGGAGACCAUUACAAGAAGGAUGAAGGACCAUAACAAGAAAGAUGUCCAUCUUAUACAUGAGGCAUGUUUGGAGACCAUUACAAGAAGAAUGUCCAUCCUAUACAUGAGGCAUGCUGACCCGCCGACCCUCCCGACCUUCCCGACUUUCCCGACCCUGCCGACCCUGCCGACCCUCCCGACCUUCCCGACCCUGCCGACCCUCCCGACCCUGCCGACCCUGCCGACCCUCCCGACCUUCCCGACCUUCCCGACCCUCCCGACCCUGCCGACCCUCCCGACCCUGCCGACCCUCCCGACCCUCCCGACCUUCCCGUCCCUCCCGACCUUCCCGUCCCUCCCGACCUUCCCGACCUUCCCGACCCUCCCGACCCUCCCGACCCUCCCGACCCUGCCGACCCUCCCGACCUUCCCACCCUCCCGACCUUCCCGACCCUGCCGACCCUGCCGACCCUCCCGACCUUCCCACCCUCCCGACCUUCCCGACCCUGCCGACCCUGCCGACCCUCCCGACCCUGCCGACCCUCCCGACCUUCCCGACCCUGCCGACCCUCCCGACCUUCCCGACCCUCCCGACCUUCCCGACCCUGCCGACCCUGCCGACCCUCCAGACCCUGCCGACCCUCCCGACCUUCCCGACCCUCCCGACCUUCCCGACCCUGCCGACCCUCCCGACCUUCCCGACCCUGCCGACCCUCCCGACCCUGCCGACCCUCCCGACCUUCCCGACCCUGCCGACCCUCCCGACCUUCCCGACCCUGCCGACCCUCCCGACCUUCCCACCCUCCCGACCUUCCCGACCCUGCCGACCCUCCCGACCCUCCCGACCCUUCCGACCUUCCCGACAAGCAACCGGGGGGUUCCACGAUCACGUGCAGUACAUACUGUAUAG